GCAGCCGUGCUUGGGGUGCUUCGGGUGGGCAGCCCGGCUGGCUCCCUUCUGCCGCCCGGCCGCAGCGACCGCGCCGGCACUGGGCCCCCCUUUCUCACCCCGCCUCGCCCGCCGCCCCCAAGAUGCUGUUUUGGCACACGCAGCCGGAACACUACAACCAGCACUCGACCGGCAGCUACCUGCGAGAUGUCCUUGCACUGCCGAUCUUCAAGCAGGAAGAACCUCAGCUGUCUCCUGAGAAUGAUGCCAAAUUGCCACCCUUUCAGUAUGUCCUCUGCACAGCCACAUCACCUGCUGUGAAACUGCACGAAGAAACCCUGACCUAUCUCAACCAAGGUCAGUCUUAUGAAAUCCGUCUACUUGAGAAUAGGAAAUUGGGAGAGUUUCAAGAUUUAAACACAAAAUAUGUAAAGAGCAUAAUUCGUGUAGUUUUCCACGAUCGACGCCUGCAGUACACCGAGCAUCAGCAGCUUGAGGGCUGGAGGUGGAGUCGGCCUGGGGACCGCAUCCUUGAUAUAGAUAUUCCACUAUCAGUUGGUAUCUUGGAUCCGAGGGCCAGUCCAACCCAGUUGAAUACUGUUGAAUUUCUGUGGGAUCCAUCAAAGAGAGCUUCAGCAUUCAUCCAGGUACAUUGCAUCAGCACAGAAUUUACUCCACGGAAACAUGGAGGAGAGAAAGGUGUGCCCUUCCGGGUGCAAAUCGACACAUUUAAACAAAAUGAAAAUGGUGAAUACACAGAACACUUGCAUUCUGCAAGCUGCCAGAUCAAAGUGUUCAAGCCUAAAGGAGCAGACAGAAAACAGAAGACUGACAGGGAAAAAAUGGAGAAGAAGACCACCCAAGAGAAAGAGAAGUAUCAGCCUUCCUAUGAGACAACUAUUCUCACAGAGUGCUCUCCCUGGCCAGAUGUGCCUUAUCAAAUGAACAAUGCUCCAUCUCCAAGUUACAACAGUUCUCCCAACAGCUUCAACCUUGGAGAUGGCAACAGUUCUCCAACCCACCAAGUGGAGCUCCUGCCUCCCAGCAAUGAUCAUCUCCUUCCUUCUGCUUCUAUUCAAGAUGCCCAGCAGUGGCUUCAUCGUAAUAGGUUCUCUCCAUUCUGUAGACUCUUCUCAAGUUUUUCGGGUGCUGACUUACUGAAGAUGUCCAAAGAAGAUUUUGUUCAAAUCUGUGGGCCUGCUGAUGGAAUUCGGCUCUUUAAUGCAAUCAAAGGAAGAAAUGUAAGGCCAAAAAUGACAAUUUAUGUCUGUCAAGAACCAGAGCAAAACAGGUCCCAUCUCCACCAAAAACGAGAAAAUGGAGAUAGCAGUCUUUGUGUAUAUCAUGCAAUCUUCUUGGAAGAACUGACCACGCUGGAAUUAAUAGAGAAGAUUGCAAACUUGUACAGCAUUUCUCCACAGCAGAUAAAUCGAAUCUAUCGGCAGGGACCCACAGGGAUCCAUGUAUUAGUGAGCAAUGAGAUGGUGCAAAACUUCCAAGAUGAAUCUUGUUUUGUUAUCAGCACAUUAAAAGCUGAAAGCAAUGAUGGCUACCACAUCAUUUUAAAAUGACCGUGCUGCACAGAAAGACUUUAACAGCCUAAAAUUUAGUGCCUCACUGAGAUUUCUACAACCUAGACUGGAAACAUGAAGAACCUUCUGGAUAAAAUGCUCCUGUGAACUAAGAAUUACCAAACAGCCUAAGGAAAAACCUACUAUUACAGAUACACAUUUCUGGUGGUGUGUGGUUUACUUUUUUGUUUGGUGGGGUUUUUUUUUAAUUUUUUUUUUUAAUAAGCUGGAGCUGAAAACAUCCUCAAAACUUGUACAUGUUUCUUCCUCCUUCCCUUCCUCUUCAGUCUUAAAAAUUGUUGAGGUUUCUGCUUAUUACUUAGAAACAUCUGCCUUGUACUAAAGGGAAAUGAAAGAUAAACAAAACCCAAUUUCUAGACCCCUCGUGGUUGGGUGAAUUGAUUUAUUUUCUCUUCUGAGCGCUCUCUUGCCUUCAACACACACCCUGUUGCUGAUUGACACAGGCUCCCUGGGGCUUCUCUUUUACUCUUUGAGGUGGAAGGUCUGGGGCUACAUCCAAAGCCAGAUUGAGCAAUGCAGAGGAUGGAUUUGGUGUCCAGUCCUUACCCAGAAUGUCAACCCUGAGAGCCCGCUCUUAGCUAUUCUUCACCUGUGGAUGUGAUCAAAGUUCAGAGACCUUGGUCCCCCCGACAGUUUCUGUUACACUCAUCCAGCAGAACAAUUCUGCAGGGUUCAAGGGAUGGCAGCCAACCUGUGGCAAGUUGUUCAGUACCAUAUGAUAUCUUUAGCUUUAGAAUAGUCUCUCUCAAUGGAGUAUAUGAAGGUUUUCUGAGGAAAUGUUUUGAAUGUUGGAAGUUAUAGAGUUCAUGGCCCGUUCAUACUAUGGAUUUAUCCUACUCUAAAAAGUGCUGAUUAAUUGCUAUCUUUACUGUAACUGGGAAAUAGGUUUUAUAAUCUUAAUGAUUUUUUUUUUCCUUCUGCUACUCACUAAAGUAAGUAAAACUGAGUUUUGACUGAGUCCAGGUAGCAGAUUAUCUUAGUUGCUGCUUCUUGUAUUUCUGCUGUUUCACUCUUGACUCCCAUUUCCAAUAUCUGCAACUAUGGUCAACUCCACCCUUCCUUGGACGUUUGGGAUUCCAUCCAAGCUCCACUAAGCUGAAAAAGCGGCUUCCACUGAUGUCAGAGGCAAACUGGAUCACACCCUUCUUGCAUAGAUGGAGUCAUUUUACUUUUGGUAGCUAAUUAAUAAGGCUGUUUCCCAAACUGUGUGUCCAUAUAGCAUUGAAUUUUUGAUACUUGAACGUUUAAUUUUAUCCUGAAUUGAGACGGAAAGCUGAAAUACCAAGAAGUUUCCUGGAACAGAAAUUUUUCAAAAAAUGAGAAAUUGUCAGCUGGAAAAUGCCUUUUGAAAUGGAAACAUUUAAUUAAAACCAUUUGGCCCUUAAAGCAGCAUCAGUUAGAGCUACUGUUGCAGACCUCAGAAAUUACCAUUCAAGUGCCUUGUGCGUUGUGUUUCCCUUGGGGUCCAGCUCUUUGGCUGGGUUACAGAUCCCAUGAUGCUCUUACCAAGGGUUAGUAAAAGGGGGAAUGCGUCAUGAAGGCUGGAGGGGUGCCCAGGAGCCCAGCCUUCUGGGAAAGAAGGGGACAUGAAGCUCAUGAAUUACAGCUCCCAGCUGACACUGGAGGAAUUCGGACAAACACGGACUGAUAUUUUUCUGACAGAAAUGAUGUGUUUCAAGCUUUCCCAACAGAAAUAAACAGCAAAAUAUUGAGAAAAGCAACCUUUUUUUUCAUUAAAAGCACCGAGUUUUGCGCAAAAAAAAACCCCACCCAUCCCCACUGAUUUUUUUUUUAUUAUUAUUUUUACACCAAAAAUAAUACUGGAAUAGAAAAAUCAUGUUACAAUGGGAAAACCUUUGGCCAACUCAGCUAAUUGAAUAACAGGGCCUACUUAGGCACGAUCUUGCUUGGCUGUUCUGGAUGCUCCUUGAAUUGUAGUGUUUCUCCAAAAAAGAUGCCUAGGCUUUGGGCCAUGGCAGUUCCCUCCCCCUGAAGUGAAGAAGCUUGGGCUUCUUGGUUGAGGACCAGGUUGCAUAGGGGAGGAGGUUGUGGUAAGUGGUCUCCUGACAGAGAAAGCAGAUCAGCCAGUGAGGCUGGGGAGAGCUUUGAGGGAAGAAAUGCCUUUGUGGAGGAUGGGAAAUGCCAUCUUUUUGAGAGGAAGGUGAUGCCACGUCAAUGUCAACCCUUUCUAGGUCCCUGUGUCACCUCUGUAGCUUUGCAGCCUGCUCUUUACUGCCAUGCGUGUGGAGGGGUGAGCUCCUGGGCCUGGGCACUGAAGCAUCCAAGUUGUGGCAACACAGUUCCAGGUGUCUUCCAAAACAGGGAAUAAAUUCCAGCUGGUUUUGUGAGUAGUUGGGACCAACAUGCCCCUGUGUACCAGGAGCUUUUGAUUUAUUUUGUGGAAAAUGCUUUGGAAUACGUAUGUUGGCUGUGCUUUUUCAAUUCCUGUUUUGUAGUGCUGGUCUAAUACAUGGCAUGGCUGUUGUUGGAAGCAACUGAGGGAGGUAAAUCUAACCUGAUAAGAAAGGCUUAAAAAAAGACCUUGGAGUUGCCAAGAGUGUAGCCUGUACUGCAUGCACUUAUAUGUGCUAGCCCUGUAAUUUAGGGAAUGCAGCAAUACCGACACAUAGCAGUGUGAAGAAGGAGUAGAGGUAGCCUUGCUCCCAGAGGUAGGGACGAAGAACUAUUUGCCUAUUAAAAAAAAAAUAAUUUGUUCUUGAUUAUUUAAAAAAAUCUUGCCCGGAAGGAAUUAUAUGCAUAAGUCCCCACAGUGUUACAGUCGCACUUGCUUGAUUAAUUUUGAACAAAAAAACCUCUCCAAUAUGGCCUUUUUAUAGUUAGAUUUUUUAAGAUAAAAUAAUUUUAUACUGAUAUAAGUGUGAAUUUGACAAUAUAUAUUGUUCUCUCUAUGCUGUAAGAAGGUGUAACAGAGUAAACGAUCCCAUAGAUUAUAAAUAUUGUCCUAUGUGGGCUCUACUGUUUUAUCUGUAUUAGCUCAUUUGUAAAGCUGUAUAACUUUAAUGUGUGUGUAAGACCUGUGCUUACUUGACAGAGUAGCUCUAGUCCUUUUUGAACUUCUGUAGUCCCAGCAGAAAUUUAGAUGAUAGUGGUCAAGUAAGAUACGUGUCCAUGAAGACACAGCACAGCUAGUUUGGUGUCUAGGAGAAUGUUGAUUUAUUUCAACUUAGAAUCAUGGCACAUCUUGAGUCAGAAAGGACCCAUAAGGAUCAUUGCAUCCAACUCCAUGCUCCUUGCAGGACUACCUAAAACUAAACAAUAUGACUAAGAGCGUUGUACAGAUGCUCCUUGAAUUUUGAUAGGCUGACCACUUCCCUGGGGAGCCUGCUCCAGUGAUCAACCACCAUCUUGGUGAAGAACCUUUUCCUAAUGUCCAAUCUGAAUUUGUCCUGACGCAGCUUCUUUCCAUUCCCUCAAGUCCUAUCACUGGUCACCAGAGAGAGGAGAUCAGCACCUUCCCCUCUGGUUCCCCCACUGAGGAAAGUGUAGGCUGAGAUUCAUCUCUAGGAGUUAGGGGAACAUGUUUCACCCUUUGCCCUUGUUGCAUGUUGCUGCCUAACCAGUGGGCAAAUUGGCCAUGAGCCAUCAUGACUGAGCCGUUAGAGCAAGUGGUCAGAGCAACACUGGUGUAAAAUUGGACUGCCAAUAAACCUUCCACUCUGGCUCCCAAAAACAUAAAAGCAAACCCUUGCCCUCUUGGAGUUGGUGAGUUUGUCCGUGCAGGAUCCAAGCAAAACCGUCAGAUUUUAUUUUAGUGGCUUAUGUGAGGAGUGAGAGAGAGACUUGUCUCACCUGUGUAAGUGCAGGUAAUCUUUGACUUUCUCCAUGGUUACAGAGAGUCUGCCAUCCCUGGAGAGACUCAUUUGCCCUAUUUGAGGAUGUGACAGCCUCCAGAAGGCAUCUUUUCUCUCCUUGAGACUGGAGGAAGCACAAAUUAUUAGUCUGUGCUAGAUGUAUAAAUUCUAGAUAAGAUAAAGAUAAGGGAGAUAAAUAUCUCCCCCUCAUCUAAAUGUCCAAAAGGGUUUUGCAUUUACUUUGCUCUUAAGUGCCUGUUACAUUUAUUCUUGCUUUUCUUGUUGUUGUUGCUCCUAUUUCUUUUUUUUUUUUGAAAGUAACACUUGCUCAAAGUGAUUUAAAUAAGACUUUUUUUCUGCUCCAUGUGUGAAUUUCAUACAACAGACCUGUAUAAAGUUGGGGUUUAGGAUUACAAUGAUUAGCAUGGUGUCUCAAACUGUCCAGCUCUGAGGCUGUCUGUAUGAUGACAGCCACUGUGCGUAGAAGUGGGCUUGUUAGGGAUUAAAAGGAAGAACCAUUAACAUGAUUAAAACCAGUUCUGACUUCAGCCAGUACCACAGAGUAUAAACCUGAGUUUUUAUCAGAUCUAUACUGGCUGGUUGAAAUAAUUUCAUAAAUUAUAGAAUCACAUACUCACAGAGUGGUUUCGAUUGGAAGGGGCCUUAAAGCUCAUCUUGUUCCAACUCCCCUUCCAUGGGCAGGGACACCUCUCACUAGACCAAGUUGCUCAAGGCUGCAUCCAGCCUGUCCUUGAACACUUCCAGGGAUGGGGCAUCCAUGACUUUUCUGGGCAGCCUGUUCCAGUGUGUCUCAACCCUCACAGUGAAGAAUUUUUUCCGAAUGUCUAAUCUAAAUUUUCCCCUCUGUCAUCUUAAAGCCAUUCCCCCUUGUUCUGUCACUACGUGUCCUUGUAAAACGCUCCUCUCCAGCUUUCUUGUAGGCCCCCUUUAGGUAUUGGAAUACUGCUGUAAGGUCUUUUCUGAGACUUCUUUUCUCCAGGCUGAACAACCAUACCUGUGGCAUUUCCUCUGACAACUGAGUAAACUGGUGUAAGUCAGUAUGACUCUGGUGAUGGUCUGAGAACUCAUAGAAACACCCAUGAUACACAACUACAGGCCAGGGAAGGGGCAAAUAAUCUGCCUGAGGUGGCAGGACUGGUGUUACUAAAACAAAAGCUGCUGUUCUUUCAGAUGGCCCUGCUUGGUAGAUUGGCUAAAACUGAAAUACUAAUUCAAUCUGGAAAGUAUGGGAGUUCUCAUUGUUUUGGUGUGAAAUUUAAAGGGCUGAAGUUUCAAGACUUGGAGGUGGUAAAAGGAUUUUUGCAGUUGAGAAGUCCUGAAUGGGACUCUCCUUAUAAUGUAACAUAUACAUAUUUAUGCAUAUAUAUAUAUACACACAUACAUACUGUACUGUAUCAACACAUAUAUCUGCUGAGUACUUGUGGUCUUCAGCUUUAACUGGUACUCUGCUUUGUUUAAUUGCAGUUCAAUGUAAAAGACUCUGGUUGAUCAAGCUUUGAAAUCCAGCGAUUCCUUGGGUACAUACCUAAAAGUCCAUAAUGACUUUAGGUGAUUUGGACAUGGUACACUUGAAGUGAUGCAAAUUUGAUGAGUUUCUGCAAUAUAAAUCCCAGCCCUUGGUGAAUACAGGCAUAUUCCUGCACUAACACUGCAGUUCUAUAUUGCAGCUUCUGAAAAUUAGUUAAAGAAAUAGAUUGCCCAACGCUUUGUAAACUAGUAAGAGCUACUCCCUAAGCAGAACAACCAUAUGAUGACUUUCCUAGCUCAAUGUUGUAUUGCUUAAGCAUUGGCUGUAAUUCUAACAAUCAUCUGGUGGAUGACUGGGGCAGGUGUUCUUUUGUCUGUGACUGGUUUUGGUUUCGACUGUUUUCAAAGAAAUGCUUAUAUUUAGGCUGUAGCUUCUCUUUCUCCUCCAGUCAUGAAGUGGUUUAAUUUUAUGCUUCUAAUAGAAAUAUUUUCCUGAGAUUAUAACCUGUUUGACAGCACAGGGUACUCAAAAUGGGGAGUGUUUGACCUUCAUCAUCACUACUGUGGGUGAAUAUAAGAAGUCAGAUUGGAAGUGUGUCUUAAAGUCCUUGUCUCUCUUUAACAAAUGGGUUAAGCUGGUGCCUAUUUUUUUGUGCUUUUCUGAUUUGUACCUUUUGUUUUGUUUUGGGUUUUUUGGUGUUUUUUUUUGCCACUUCCUCAAAUUCUUCUGUUCCCGGGGGGGAGGGGGGGGGGGGGAUGCAUUGAUGGGCAGCUGGUGUGUCCAACUCUUUUAAGUAGCCUGCUGUUGUCCCCAGUUUGCUUGGGGUGAAUGUUUAUCUUUCAAAGGGCUAGGGGAGUUACAUCUCUUCACUGACAAUGCAGCCAUUAGAGACAGGUGAUGCUGACCACGAAGUUGGCAUGAUGGGCGAGGGCAAGCGGAGGUGGUUUGGUUGGAGGUUGAGGCGUACCAGUUGUGAGUAAAUACUGCCACACUCUUUGUCAUUUCGUUUGUUGGGUUUGGGGUUUUUUUUUUGUACAUGAAUAAAGAAAAAAGCAUAUUUUGCACUGGCUCUUGUACUGUUGUGCAGAAGAAAUCUGUAUCUAGAAUCUGUGCUCCAGUCAAAAUGCAAAUAAACCUGUUUGUAAGAA